AUGUCCGCCAUUAGUGGUGUGUAUAAAAGACCACCUAAAGCAGUCGUCGGCAACAUGCCAGCUGAUUGUAUUUUAUGGAACUCGGAGACUGGGUGUCCAUUUGCCGUAGAACAGGUACAUUUUUCAAAAUGCGUAAAAGACGCUCAGGUACGAAAUACAAUUGCUGCUCAAACAGGUUCACAAAAACCUCUGAAUGAGAGGCAUUUUGAAACAGCCAGAAAAGUGUUUUACCUUAUGGAGGAGAAUAUAAGUAAGCUGGGUAUAAAUCCUAGCAUAAUAUUACGUGAACUUGAUCGCACAAAGGAGUCAUAUUUACAAACGGCGAUC